UUCAGUGCUGUUUGUAGCUUCAAACAUAAACAACAGAAAGUGCCUUUAACACGCAAUUGAAAAACAGAUAACCCCCGUAAAAUGUUGUGGGAAGUAUUGAUACUUCUAAUAAUAGGCAUAGCACUGCUAUGCCAUUGGAUCACCAAGAACAAUGAUUUUUUCAAGAAUCGCCAAAUAGCCUACGAUAAGCCGGUGUUUUUCUUUGGCAGCGGUAAAGAUAUAUACCUAAGGAAAAAAUCGGUGGUCCAAGUAUUCUGUGAAGUCUAUGGUCGUCAUGAUGGCAUUAUCUAUGGCACUUUUGACAAUCGUGAUCCCGUUCUCAUGAUACGCGAUCCGGAUCUAAUCAAACACAUUAUGAUCAAAGAUUUUCAACAUUUUGUAAAUCAUAAAAAACUUCCCGUUGAAAUGGGUGAUAAUCUAUGGACAACAUCGUUGAUUGUAAUGGAAAAUGAUAAGUGGCGUGACAUGAGAAGUACUCUGACACCAGCUUUCACUGGCAGUAAAAUGCGUAACAUGUUCCAAUUGAUCCUAAAGAAGGUGGACGAGGCUAUGACCUACUUGCGGGAAGAACAAGAUAAAGUUACCGGCAACAAGGCUCAGGGUUUGGAAAUCGAUGUUAAGGACUUCACAACACGUCUGACCAAUGAUGUGAUUGCCUCCACAGCUUUUGGCUUGGAAGUGAAUUCGUAUCGCGACAAAGACAACGAAUUCUAUGUGAAAGCAAAAAAAGCCACCAACUUUUCUAUAGCUCAACAAAUGAAAUUGCUCUUCCUCAUGCUGGUGCCACAGGUUAUAAAGUAUUUCAAAAUCGAUGUGUUCGAUAAGGCCUAUACGGAUUAUUUUAUGAAUUUAGUGUUGGAUGCCAUGAAAUAUCGCCAGGAAAAUAAUAUCCAUCGUCCGGAUAUGAUUAAUCUGCUAAUGGAGGCCAGAGGCAUGAUACCCUCAGAGGCGCCCAAGACACAUUUCCGUGAAUGGACCGAUGUUGAGAUGGUGGCUCAAUGUUUUCUAUUCUUUUUGGCCGGAUUUGAACCUUCAUCGGGGGUUAUGAGUUUUGGUGCCCAUGAGUUAAUGGAAAAUCCCGAAGUUCAAAAUAAACUCUUUGAGGAAAUCCAAGAAACUGAGGAGAAUCUACAAGGAAAAUCUUUAACUUAUGAAGCUCUACAGAAAAUGACCUACAUGGAUAUGGUGGUUUCAGAGAUCCUAAGAAAAUGGCCAGUCUCCUUGGUUACAGAUCGCCAAUGCAAUAAAGACUAUGAAUAUGUAUCGCCCAGCACUGGAGAACGUCUGGUCAUCAAGGAAGGCGAUGUGGUUCGCAUACCCAUGUGUGCCAUACAGAGGGAUGCCAAAUACUUUGAAAAUCCUGAGGUUCUAGAUCCCGAGCGUUUUAGUGAGCAGAAUAAAUCGAAUAUAGAAUUGGGUACCUAUUUGCCCUUUGGUUUGGGUCCACGAAGUUGUAUUGGAAAUCGCUUUGCUUUGCUGGAAAUUAAGGCCUUCUUUUACUACCUGUUGCGCGAUUUUCGCCUAGAACCGUCUCCAAAAUCAUGCGUGCCACUGGAAUUGGAUACUGCAAACGUGAAGCUACAACCAAAAAAUGGAUUCUGGAUACAAUUCAAACCGAGAAAGUGUAUAGUGCUGUUUUGCCGCUGGACCACUAAGAACAAUGACUUUUUCAAGAAGCGUCAAAUAGCCUACGAUAAGCCGGUGUUCUUCUUUGGCAGCGGCAAAGAUAUAUACCUAAAAAAAAAAUCCGUGCUCCAAGGUACCUUUGACAACCGUGAUCCCGUUUUCAUGAUACGCGACCCGGAUCUAAUCAAACACAUUAUGAUCAAAGACUUUCACCAUUUUGAGAAUCAUAAAAAACUACCCGCUGAAAUGGGUGAAAGUCUAUGGACUUCAACAUUGUUUGCAAUGGAGAAUAAUAAAUGGCGUGAUAUGAGAAGUACCCUUACGCCGGCUUUCACUGGCAGUAAAAUGCGUAACAUGUUCCAAUUGAUCCUGAAGAAGGUGGACGAGGCUAUGGCCUAUUUGCGGGAAGAACAAAAGAAGGUCGCCAACUAUAAGUCAGAGGGUUUGGAAAUUGAUGUUAAGGACUUCACAACACGUCUGACCAAUGAUGUGAUUGCCUCCACAGCAUUUGGCCUGGAAGUGAAUUCGUAUCGUGACAAAGACAACGAAUUCUACGUGAAAGCAAAAAAAGCCACAAACUUUACUACGACCCAACAAAUGAAAAUGCUCUUCGCUCUGCUGAUGCCGCAGGUUGCAAAGUAUUUCAAAGUUGAUGUGGUUGACAAGGCCUAUACGAAUUAUUUUAUGAAAUUAGUUCUGGAUGCCAUGAAAUAUCGCGAGGAAAAGAAUAUCCAUCGUCCGGAUAUGAUUAACCUACUAAUGGAGGCCAAAGGCAUGAUACCCUCUGAGGCGCCCAAGACACAUUUCCGUGAAUGGACCGAUGUUGAGAUGGUGGCUCAAUGUUUCCUAUUCUUUUUGGCCGGAUUUGAACCUUCAUCGGGGGUUAUGAGUUUUGGUGCCCAUGAGUUAAUGGAAAAUCCCGAAAUUCAAAAUAAACUCAUUGAGGAAAUCCAAGAAACUGAGGAGAAUCUACAAGGAAAAUCUUUAACUUAUGAAGCUCUACAGAAAAUGACCUACAUGGAUAUGGUGGUCUCAGAGAUCUUAAGAAAAUGGCCAAUCUCCUUGAUUACAGAUCGCCAAUGCAAUAAAGACUAUGAAUAUGUAUCGCCCAGCACUGGAGAACGUGUGGUCAUCAAGGAAGGCGAUGUGGUUCGCAUACCCAUUUGUGCCCUACAUAGAGAUGCCAAGUACUUUGAAAAUCCCCAGGUUUUAGAUCCUGAGCGUUUUAGUGAGCAGAAUAAAUCGAAUAUAGAAUUGGGUACCUAUUUGCCCUUUGGUUUGGGUCCACGAAGUUGUAUUGGAAAUCGUUUUGCAUUGUUGGAAAUUAAGGCCUUCUUUUACUAUCUGUUGCGUGAUUAUCGCCUAGAACCAUCUCCAAGGUCAUGUGUGCCCUUGGAAUUGGAUAUCGGAACUAUAAAGCUGCAACCAAAAGCGGGCUUCUGGCUACAAAUCGAACCGAGAAAGUGUUAA